AGUACACCGUAGGUUAGUGCCAGUUUUAGGUGUAUACAGGAUGCAAAAAGCUGCCACAAAUGCUUAAUAGAUAUGGGAUUGAAUUAAUAUCGGUGAAUACUAUCGUGUUUAUCUUGUCUAACUGCUAUUUUUUGUGGGCGAUGUGCACUCUUCAUAAUGGGUAAAGAGGGUUACCUUCCUUCUUUGCGUGAAUCUCGAACUCGUCUUUCCGCUUUGUUAGAUUCUAUAGGUAAUGGAAGUACCGACGCCACUGGUCUUGUUGGCACGUACAGGGCUCUACUAUCAGAGUUAGAUUCCAUUAUUGCAUUGCUACAACCCUCUGAAGGCGAAAGUGAUUUGAGCUCUCUCAAGGCCAUUGAUACAACACUGGAUGAAGAGGGAAAGCGUCUACUCGAGAAGGAGCUGUCUAGUGCUAUUAGUGAUAUGCAAAAUGAUGCUUCUGACGCCAUAUUGUUUCUCGAGGGUUUAUCGCUGCUAGCAGAGAGUAAUCACAAGUUUUUUGGUGGCGAGACGGAAUACCAAAACAACCUCAUUGUCGAUCAGCAUGCUAAACGUGACGAACUUUUGGAUCGCAACAGGGAGCUGGAAGGGGGUCUAAUAGAAAACGCUCGUUUGUUGGACAGUGUGGACAACGAUAUCGCAAAAGCUCUCAAGCGCAUAGAUGAAUUGAAGGUUACUACUAAGGUCGACCUUCCUAAAGGCACGAGUUUAUCAGAUUUCACGGAUGAAUCAAUAUCGCAUAAAAGACUCGAUGAUCUUAAUCGUUUAGUAUCGGCACUGGACGCCAGCCCUUUGAAAGUUUUGGAAGAAGGCGAUAACCAUAUUGUAUAUGAAUACACCCUAGGUAAUACACGUAGCACAUUACGUGUGACUGACAGUUCAAACGGAUUGCAAUUUACUUUGGAUCCCAUGGAGGCCAAAGCUUACGCAUAUUUGAAGGAACGGUUGGACGGUUGCAAAUCCCGCAUACAAAUUGCUGCAGUUCUCCAAGAAGCACUUACGCUCCCUUAAGGCUCCACUAGCCUUGUUGUGGUUAGCAUUUGCAUCUCUUCGGCCACUAAAUUCUCUAGUCUGGUUAGCAAUGACUCCUCUACUGAUGCCUGGGGUGUCAUGAUUACACUAG